GCAGGCGGGUUGUACAAAACGUGUGUGUGUGUGAGUGUGAGCAAACAUGCUUUCACUUUCAUUUCCCGCUCUCCAUUGACUCAGUGGACACGCUGAAGUCAGAACUUAAAAAAAAGAGAAUAAAAAACACACACAGCGGGAACUUUAAGACACCUCGAGUGAAAAAGAGGAAGACUAAGAAACUCCGCAAUGGCGUUUAAUUAUCCGGCUGCACGUAGGGAUGAGAGUAAGGUGGAUGACUAUCAUGGAAACAAGAUCUGUGAUGCCUAUGCAUGGCUGGAGGACCCGGAUAGUGCAGAAACAAUGGCCUUUGUGGAGGAGCAGAACAAAGUGACCAUGCCGUACCUGGAGCAGUGCGCCGUGCGGGCUCAGUUCCAGCAGCGUCUCACUGAGCUGUACGACUAUCCCAAAUACAGCUGCCCUUACAAAAGAGGGAACAGAUAUUUCUACUUCCAUAAUAAAGGUCUCCAGAACCAGGAUGUGCUGUACGUGCAGGACUCUCUGGACGGGCCUGCAACUGUAUUCUUUGACCCGAAUAAACUCUCUGAAGAUGGCACUGUGGCUCUAAAGAUGGGCCGUCUGUCGGAGGAGUGCGAGUACUUUGCGUACGGGUUGAGCAGCAGCGGUUCAGACUGGGUGACGGUGCGUUUCAUGAAGGCUGAUGAUGACCUCACACUCCUGCCGGAUGUUCUGGAGAGGGUUAAAUUUAGCUGCUUGGCCUGGACUCACGAUGCCAAGGGAGUCUUUUACAACUGCUACCCGCGCCAAGAAGGAAAAACAGAUGGUACGGAGACCACCAGCAACCUCAACCAGAAGCUCUACUUCCACGUCAUCGGCAGCCAACAGUCCGAGGACAUUCUGGUUGCAGAGUUCCCUGAUCAUCCUAAGUGGCACAGUUCAGCAACCAUCUCAGACGAUGGCAGGUAUGCUGUUCUUUCCAUCACUGAAGGCUGUGAGCCCGUCAACCGGCUGUGGUACUGCGACCUACAGGAGCUCCCCGACGGAAUCACAGGCCUGCUGCCGUGGGUCAAACUCGUGGACAACUUCGACGCCCAGUACUCGUACGUCACCAAUGAGGGGACUGUCUUCACGUUCCGCUCCAACCUGGACGCUCCCCGGUACCGCCUCAUCAACAUCGACAUCCAGAAACCAGACAGGCAGCACUGGACUACCCUCAUACCACAGCAUGACAAGGACGUCCUGGGCCUCGUCUCCUGCGUGAACCAGCACCACCUGCUGGUCAACUAUCUGCAUGACGUGAAGGACAUCCUGCAGGUGUACGAGUUGUCCACCGGUCAGCUGGUCAGGGAUCUGCCGCUGGAUGUCGGCACUGUUUCCGGAGUGAGCUGCAAGAAGAAACACUCCGACUUUUUCUACAAGUUUACCUCCUUCACUACGCCAGGUAUCAUCUACCACUGUGAUUUGAGCGAGUCCAGCCCAGAGCCCCAAGUGUUCAGGGAGGUGGAGGUCAAAGGAAUCAAGCAAGACGACUACCAGACCAGCCAGGUGUUCUAUCCCAGUAAAGACGGCACAGAGAUCCCCAUGUUCUUGGUUCACGCUAAGGGACUAAAGAAGGACGGGAAUCAUCCCGUCUUCCUGUACGGCUACGGUGGCUUUGAGGCUUCAAUCCAACCAUACUAUAAUGUUGCUUACCUGCUGUACGUGAGACACCUGGGAGGGGUCCUGGCCGUGGCAAACAUCCGAGGGGGCGGAGAGUACGGCCUCACCUGGCACAAAGCUGGAACUCUGGGGAACAAGCAGAACGGCUUUGAUGACUUCCAGUGUGCAGCCGAGUAUCUGAUCCAGGAGAAAUACACCGCAGCGAGCCGCAUCGCCAUCAACGGAGGUUCUAAUGGAGGGCUGCUGGUGGCGGCGUGCGUGAACCAGCGCCCGGACCUGUUUGGCUGUGCGGUGGCAGAGGUGGGGGUGAUGGAUAUGCUGAAGUUCCACAAAUUCACCAUCGGUCACGCCUGGACCUCCGACUACGGCUGCUCUGACGACCCCGAGCAGUUCAAGUGGCUCAUCAAGUAUUCUCCGCUCUACAACCUGCCUCAGCCUCCGUACUCGGGCCCUCCUUACCCGGCCGUCCUGCUCCUGACAGCAGAUCAUGACGACCGCGUGGUUCCUCUCCACACCCUGAAGUACUGCGCCACCCUGCAGUACGGCGUGGGCAGCAGUCCUGUGCAGCGGCAGCCUCUGAUGGUCAGAGUGGACACCAAGAGUGGACACGGUGCAGGGAAACCCACGGCCAAGGCCAUCCAGGAGGACACACACAUCUUCUCCUUCGUCGCUGAGACGCUAGGGAUCAGCUGGAAGGACUGAGAAGUGAGGGAGGUAAAACAUAUAAACAGAGAGAAACGACUUGAAUGUACUGAUUCAACUAAGGGGAGGGCUUAGACAGAUUUUUGAGAAGAUAAUUAGGAAAGUCAACAGCUACAGCUUGAACAAAUUAGAAGAUACCAAUCAAAAUGCAUAUUUUAACCACCUUAACCAACAAAUGCAACAACAUCACAAAUUUGUAUAAAAUGUGUACUUUAAGUUUGUACUGGAUUUGACAAUAAAGUCUGUUUGCACUAUG